AGCCCGACGACUGGUGGAGGCCAGAGUGGAGAGAAAAGUCCUUUUGCAGCCCCACCUGACCACCUCUUCCUCCUAUCAAUGGAUCGUUUCUUCCUCUCCGUUCUCCUUCUCCUCCUCUCCUCUCUGAUUCUUGCUUCAGCAACUGAUUCUACUGUUUCUUCCAAUGAACCGGAAGAUCUCUUAAUCCGCCAGGUCGUCGCUCAUGACGACGAUCUUCUCAUGAACGCCGAGCACCAUUUUACCAACUUCAAGAGUAAGUUUGGGAAGAGUUACGCUACUCGCGAGGAGCACGCUUACCGUUUGGGUGUCUUCAAGGCUAACUUACGCCGUGCAAGGCGUCACCAGAAACUUGACCCCUCUGCCGUUCACGGUAUCACUCAGUUCUCCGAUUUGACGCCGGCGGAGUUCCGCCGGACUUACCUCGGCUUGAAGCGUCUUAGGAUCCCUGCCGAUGCUCACAAGGCUCCGAUACUCCCCACCAACGAUCUUCCAACAGAUUUUGACUGGAGAGAUCAUGGCGCCGUCACUGCGGUUAAGAACCAGGGUUCUUGCGGAUCGUGUUGGUCAUUCAGCACUACUGGAGCCUUGGAAGGAGCUAAUUUCCUGGCUACUGGAAAGCUAGUUAGCCUUAGCGAGCAACAACUCGUGGAUUGUGAUCACGAGUGUGAUCCAGAUGAACCAGGCUCAUGUGACUCAGGAUGCAAUGGUGGGCUAAUGACUAGUGCCUUUGAAUACACUUUGAAAACUGGUGGACUUAUGCAGGAGGAAGAUUACCCUUAUACUGGAACUGACCAUGGUACCUGUAAAUUUGACAAGUCCAAGAUUGUUGCAUCAGUUGCUAACUUCAGCGUUGUCUCUCUUGAUGAAGAUCAAAUUGCUGCAAAUUUAGUGAAAAAUGGUCCUCUUGCAGUGGGUAUCAAUGCAGUUUUCAUGCAGACAUACAUAGGUGGAGUUUCAUGCCCAUACAUUUGCUCAAGGCGAUUGAAUCAUGGAGUACUUCUGGUGGGAUAUGGUUCUGAAGGUUAUUCUCCCAUUCGCAUGAAGGACAAGCCAUAUUGGAUCAUAAAGAAUUCCUGGGGGGAAAGCUGGGGAGAGAAUGGGUACUACAAGAUAUGCAGGGGCCGUGAUGUUUGUGGGGUGGAUUCCAUGGUCUCAACUGUGGCGGCCAUUCACACCACCCCUAAGUAGAUUAUGGAGUUACUAAGAUUCAUCACACUGGCUCCGGUGUACAUAAGUGUGAUAUGUAUAUUGCGACUAUCUUGUACUUGGUCUCAUGAAUCCUUAGAACCUCGUUGAUCAUGAAUUAUGAAUCCUGAUUACAUUCUUAAGCAGGGAUUUAUGUUUUUAGACGGCCUCAGAUGCAAUGCAUGACUAUCAUCUACUAUCCCAUGUUGAUGUGAAUGUUUUGGUACUUACAUGAAAUAAGACUGUCCGUGGAGGCACCUAAGAGAACUGAAA